GUACAACCUUAGAUUUUUCCUAUAAGUACGACACAUAACGGAAGGUAUCACCUUCAUAUACAUCAUCUGAAGUCAUACAUGUAACUUGAAACAUGUAACUUGAACUGUCUUAAAGAGGAAGUUGCGAGCAGCGUACGCGAAACUGAGACGCUAUUCCAUUUGUGGAUCACCUUUUCUUGUCGUACCUGACAGGGAUUAACUAGGUGCUCUCCCCCACCAUUCCGACCCUCGUCAAAUCUUCAGCUUUCUGUCUCCUUCCUACAACUACCUACUUCUCCCAAGUCCGGUUUUAUUCAUUCAUUUCGUAGGAAUCAUGGCCAAGCCUAUAGAGAUCACCACGCAUGAACAAUUUAGCGACUUGCUAAAGAACUCGCGUAUUGUGGUAGCCGAUUUCUAUGCGAACUGGUGUGCUCCAUGCAAACAAAUUGCCCCCUUCUUCGAACAGCUCUCAAGAAGUCUUUCGCGCCCCAAAGUCGCGACAUUCGUCAAAAUCAACACCGAGGCUGAGGGAGCUAAGGCUGUCGCCGCCGAGUAUGCCGUUUCACAUCUGCCUACCUUCAUCGUAUUUCGCGAUGGCUCCGUAGUCGAGAAAAUCAAAGGAGCCGAUCCGAAACAGCUCCAGGCUGUAGUCGAAAAACUCAGCGGCGACAUCGAGAACGCAGCGCAAGGGGGAAGCAGUAGUAGCAACGACGGGGGCAUCGCUUGGAAAGGAGCCGAUCUACCUCGAGGUUACACCGAUGUCUCGGACACUAUUGAUGUACGCGGACUGGAACUGUUGAAUGCCGACGAAACCCAUUUCUCUGUCCGAACCCUCUUCAACAAGAGCAAGCCUUCGGGUUUGUCCAAGGAGAAGGCCUCGGGCGAUCAGAAGGACUGGAUAGAGAGUGACACAGACGAGCAGCUGUUACUCUAUAUCCCAUUCAACUCUGCCGUCAAGCUUCACACGAUACAGAUCACUUCUCUACCACCCACGGAUGACGAUGAGGACGACGACGACGACGAAGUACCGAUGAGACCCAAGACCCUUAAACUAUUCACGAAUCGCCCCCACAACCUAGGUUUUGAUGAAGCAGAAGACAUCACCCCCACUCAGACUAUCGAAAUUGGCGAGAACGACUGGAACUCUAACGGUACUGCGAACCUAGGCUUACGAUUUGUUCGAUUCCAGAACAUCACGAGUCUUAUAAUCUUCGUUGUGGACGGUGACGGCGACAGCGAAAAGGUACGAAUAGACCGAAUAAGACUUAUCGGCGAGUCUGGAGAGAAAAGGGAGAUGGGCAAGCUGGAGAAGAUCGGCGAUGAAAUGGGUGAAUAAACCGUCGAAGAAAAAUUAUAAGCACGCGUCAAACGCGGUUACGAUCAUGGACAAUGAGGACAACGAAUGGAUUGCGGUGAUAGACUCCGGAUACCACGGCGCUGCAGCUAUAUAGAUAAUAUCACCCAAUGGAUCCCAUGCUCGGUGCAUGAUUAUUCAUUCCUAUCAUACUUAUGCCACACUUUUGAGACAUACAAACAUAUCUUUCUAGCGUCUAAGCAUUGCCAACUAGUUCUAGUCACUUCACAUGCAAAAAUGGCUGUCAAAUUAAUUACGCGACGUGUGGUUCGUCGAGUUUCGAGCUCAUCUCACCAUCAAUCGCACAUUAUUUCCUUCCUUUCCCAUG